UUUUUAACUCUCUUCUCUCCCCUCUGCGUUACAGUUCCUCCAGUGAUUGUCAAAGAGUGGAGCAGCGGUAAAGCCAAGUCGGCCCUGACUCCGGAGCUGGUCCCCGCCCUGUGUUUCCGGGAGUGGACCUGCCCCAACCUGCGGAGGCUGUGGUUGGGUCGAGCCAGUGAGGACCGCUCCAGGAGAACCAGGGCCUUCCUGGCCUGCCUACGCUCCGACUGCCCAGCCCUCCUCAACCCAGCACAGGUCCCCCAGCAUCUGCUGCUCAUGUGCUGCGUGCUCAGGUAUAUGAUGCAGUGGCCUGGUGGAAGGAUCCUCCAGAGACACGAGCUAGAUGCCUUUCUGGCUCAGGCUGUUUCCAGCCAGCUCUACGAACCGGACCAGCUCCAGGAGCUCAAGGUGGAGAAGGUGGAUUCCCGCGGCGUGCAGCUGGCUUCUCUCUUCAUGGCCGGCGUUGACACGGCGCUGUUCAUCAAUGAUGUGUGCGGCCAGCCGUUGCCAUGGGAACACUGCUGCCCGUGGGGCUUCUUUGACGGCAAACUGUUUCAGAGCAAACUGGCCCGAGCCGCUCGGGACCGGGCCGCCCUGCUGGACAUGUGCGAGGGACAGGUACGGUUAUGUAAUC